AUGAGGCAGAGGGAUGAUGACCAGGGAGGGGAGGCUUCCUCUGAGGAGCACCAGAGCCGGGCCAAAGCUGAGAGGAGCAGCCAGUCCAAAGAGUCCCCUCUUCAGUUCGGGGGUCAGAGCCCCUCCUCUGAUGAACCGGAGCUUCCGCUCUGCCCGGAGCUCAAAGGGCUGGAGGGCCUGGACCCCGAACGGUGCAAGACCCUCCUGAAGGUCCUGCUGUCCCUCCUGAGGAGGAUCACGCUGAGCUUCUGCAACCUGUCGGAGAGAGGCGUGGACGCCCUGGCCUCGCUCCUCAGCUCCGACUCGUCCGGCCUGAGAGAGCUGGACCUGAGCAACCACAGCCUGCCGGACGCAGGCCUGAGGCGGCUCUCCGCCGCGCUGUCCAUUCCAGACUGCAAGCUGGAGACUCUCAGGUUGAGCGGCUGUUCCCUCUCAGACCGGAGCCUCGCUGACCUGGGCCUGCCGUCCGGCCGCCUCAGAGAGCUGGACCUGAGCAGCAACCGGCUGCUGGACGCAGGCGUCCAGCUGCUAACAGCUGGAAUGCAGAGGACACCGUCCAGCCUGGACAGUCUCAGGCUGAGCGAGUGCCAGCUCUCCGAGGGGAGCUGUGAGGCCCUGUCCGGCCUCCUGAGCUCCGGGUCCUCCAGUCUGAGCCGGCUGGACCUGAGCAACAACAACCUGCGGGAUUCGGGGGUCCGGCGGCUGUCGGUGGGGAUAGGAAGUCCUCGCUGUAGGCUGGAGACUCUCAGGGUCAAACCUGGGGGAGUCCAGUGGUCCAGACCAGAUCUGAGGAAAUAUUCCUGUGAACUCCGCGUGGACGCCAACACGGUCAACCCUCACGUGAAGCUGUCCGAGGGCGGCCGGAGGCUGGCCUUCUCAGAGGAGGGGCAGGACUACCCCCCCCACGCCGACCGCUUCGAGAAGGACCACCAGCUGCUGUGCGCCGGCCCCCUGACCGGCCGCCGCUACUGGGAGGUGGAGGUGGCCGGAGGGGUCCACGUGUCGGUCAGCUGCGGAGGCCCCGGCCGGAGCGGGGGGGGGGGCAACAACAACGGCUGGUUCGGAGGGAGCGGCCGGUCCUGGAGCCUCUACUCCUGCCCGGGCGGGUUCUCGGCGUGGCACAACAAGAAAGGGGUGUCCAUCCCCUGGGCCUCCUCCCCCUCCGGCUCCCCCCGCAGAGUGGGGGUGUACGUGGACCGCGAGGCUGCCCGGGUGUCCUUCUACAGGGUAUUGUCCGGCGCCCUGACCCACCUCCACACCUUCAGGACCACCUCAGCCGAGCCCCUCUACGCCGGGUUCGGCCUCUGGACCUGGUCAGACUUACCCCGCGGGUCCUCCGUGACUCUGUGUUCUGUGUAGGUUCAGUUUAGUUUAGUUUUAUC